AUGACCGCGGCUGGAUCGCAAGCUAGUCACAAUGGAUUGGACAAUCUCGCCAACAGAUUCGCCGGCUUGUCUCUCUUCGAGCCAAGCCAAAGCUUUCUCGACGCCCCGGACAUCGAGCUACCGGCACGUGAUGACGGAGCUCUUUAUGAGGCAGACAUGGGCACAUCACCGGAAGAUUCAAUCUUCUUCUUCCAAAUGCUAUGGAAGGAUCUGCUUGAUCUCCGCAUGCGCAUCAGAGUCUCCUGGCGCCGACACAUGCAAGGCCACGACAUGGCUGCCGCUGCAGUUUCUGCCAACACUGCAUUGGACUUGGCACGCCAUGUGAUCGAUGAGUACAUCCCAGCUUUUGAGGGCGUUGAAGGCGGCAUUUAUGCCGUCAUGAAGGAGCACGCCACCCUGAUGCACUAUCGUGUGAAGGCGAAUCCCACUGACCCUUACUUUGGUCUUUUGAAGCCCGGCCAGCCCCAAGAAUCUAUCAGCGAUGACCAAAUCAUGUACGGAGCUGGCUUGUGGAGCUUCGCGAAUGCUUACAACAUGCUGGCUGAACUUCUACCUUCUACCGCACCCCCAGGGCCGCCAUUCCCAUUCAUCCCCAGGGACCCGGCUUACGAGCUCGGAAUGGAAUACCGCGACUACGCCGAAACAUUCGCCAUACUGAAGCGCCUCUUUGAGGAUCUUAGGGUCGUUAUUGAAUCUGUUCCAAACUGGCCUGUAGAAGACACACUCUUGCGUGGCGUCAGAGAAGCUGUCGAGACUCGCCAGGUGCCUUUCUAUCUCGUUUUCGCAACGGCCAUCAUUUCGGACAUGCACAACUUCUUCAGCCAAGGCGAGCACCUCAACGUCGAGAACCACAUCAUUGACAAGUUCAUCGAGACAAUAGGAGCAGUGCGAGGGAUAGCCGCAGAUUACUACACUGCUAUCAGAGAGGCGGAGUCGUUGGAGGAGAUGGAGCCGUACGAUGCACGUAUCAGAGAGAUGGAUCGGGAGAUCAAGUGGCUGUUGGACGAGGACCCCGUCUGGCAGGCCAAGAUCAAGAAAUUCCCCGGGCGCGAGAGGGGGCAGGCCAAAAGGGAGCUGGAGAAACAUCGUCUGUUCAAGUACAACGCCAUGAUGUGCGGUCUGGCACUGUACAGGUAUCGCAUGAUUCUUUACAAGACCGGAAUUGCCAUCGCUAAUGUUUCGCGGUCCAUCGUCUGCGCGAUUCAUCUCUGGGAAGCAAUAGGCAGUGAGGUAGGCGGUGCGGUGGACUUUCUUGCAAGCGAGUGGGUGGACUCCCGCUUGUUAGGCAUGAUUACGGAGGAUCAGGCGGAAGACUUUUUUCUGGAUGGCGAAGGCGCCGACUACAACCCUGGCUACAUGAGGAACAUUGCCAUGCACCUGGGAUUCUCAAUUCACAACUUCGUCGACGAAGCAAAGACCCAGCCCCGAAGAGCCAGACUCCUCGAUGGCAAGAAGGGCAAGAUCACUGAGCGGACUCCGAUGCACUCGGCGUUUUAUGACAGAUACGUCACCUUCAAUGGACAGACGGGAUCGGAGAACUGGACCUUUGAGGACGUGACAUCUCUGGUCGAAAGGGCUAGCGGUGCGGGUUUCAAACCCAAGUACCCCGUAGAGCUGAUCGUGGAGCUUGCUACGCUUCUUGAAGACGAGCUUCUCCUUGCCAACCUGCCGUUCUUGAUCCUUCACGCCGAAGCAUUCAGAAUCCUCAAGCUCGUACGCGACAGGUGCGAGCCGAUGCUGGUUCCGAUCCUCGGCCCGCUGGCCACACCAAUGAAGGCAAAGAUCAACGUUCCUCUGGUCACAGUGUGGAUCCUACAGGCUCUUGCCGCAAUGCCAGAGGGUGCAGACGUGUUGAGAGCUGCGAAAGACUUGUUCAACACGAAGCUUGUCAACGACAUAGCGCGUUCGAGCCGUGCCUACAGACGAAUCCAAGAACUCGGAUUCUUGAAGUCUAGUGAGGAGAAGAAGAAGGAGCCGGAAUCCGGGCCUAGCGAACCCCAAUGGGAUCCCGAUUUCAAGCGUAAGUUGGAGCAGCCUAUGGAUACAAACCGGGCAUAUGAGAGCUUUGGGCUGCCCAUCGACACGUCUCGUUUACAGCAAACUGGCACAUACAUCGACACUUCUAAGAUGAAGGGCGAUGCGCUCCCGCAAAUGAGCCAAAAAACGAAAGUCGAGAAGAUCUAUCUAUCCGACGAUGAUGAGCCAAUGGAAAUCACGCACACCACCUUGAGCUUCAGGUAG